AUGUCCGUUCUUCUCACUACAGGCCUUGUGGCCGCUCUUGCAGCCUCGCCGGUAUCGGCCUUCUGGCGGCUGCCAUGCAAAUCCCCGAUUGUGGUUGAGCGAGCCGACCCUAUUGUGAACCCAGGGGCAGUAUCUGGCCACUUGCACACCAUCAUGGGAGGAAACGGAUUUGAUUUCGCCAUGGACUACAACUCGACCCAGCGGUCUACUUGUUCGUCUUGCACGGUGGAGGGAGAUUUCAGCAACUACUGGAUCCCAGCCUUGUUCUUCCAACACGAAAAUGGGACUUUUGAAAGUGUCGACCAGGUCGGCGGCGCCACUGUGUAUUACUUGCAGCGGGCCGGUAAUGGCGAGACCUUGAAAGCCUUCCCUCCUGGCUUCCGUAUGAUUGCCGGAAACCCUUUCAAGCGAACUGGAGGCGACGAUUUUGCAACCCAGGCUAUCAGCUACAACUGCCUCGAUUACAACGGUCCGGCUAAGCCAGAAACCCCCAACUUUCCCAACUACAACUGUCCCAAUGGGCUUCGAUCCCAGGUCUUCUUUCCCUCUUGCUGGAACGGCAAGGACUUGGACUCGCCGGAUCAUAUGUCUCACGUCUCUUAUCCCGCCAAUUCAUACAACUCGGGUCCCUGCCCAGCCGACUUCCCUGUUCAUCUCAUCUCAAUUUUCUACGAAGUCAUCUGGGAUACUGGCAAAUUCGCCAAUCAGUGGUAUGGGAAUGGACAACCCUUCGUCUGGUCCAUGGGCGACCCUACUGGUUAUGGUGGCCAUGGUGAUUUCGUCAUGGGCUGGGAUCCAGAUUUGCUCCAGUCUGCGGUUGACCAGUGCACCAACGACAGUGGCCGGGUUGAGGACUGCCCUGUUUUCGACCUAAUCCCAGACUCACAGGCCCAAGGUUGCCGUAUCGCACCAGCGGUCGACGAGCAAGUCAGUGGUCUCCUCCCAGCUUUGCCGGGUUGCAAUCCCGUUCAGCCUGGUCCAAAAGCGACUCCUCAGUCCGGCUGCGGCGCACCCACUACCAUUACUCCCUCCAACACCACCUUCUUCACCGACUUGACCAGCAAGGGAUGGUCAUACAUGGGCUGCGGAACCGACAACUACUUCAAUCGUGUUCUGACCGGUGCAAGCCAGUCCAACGGUCAAAUGACCAACGAGAACUGUGUUGCUUUCUGUGAGAGCAAGGGUUUCUCUAUCGCCGGGUCUGAGUAUGCUGAUGAAUGUUAUUGCGGCAACUCCAUACCUGACAGUGGCAAGCCGGUUCCUGGCGUUGUCGGAGCCUGCACCAUGAGCUGUGCUGGUGAUGACUCCGAGUUCUGCGGUGGUGCCGGGACUAUUUCUCUUUACCAGAAAUGUUCCGGUGAUUCAUGCGCAAACGCUCAGUUCGGCCCUGGUCCUUCAGCACCUGUCCAAGUUGCCAACCCCCCGCCAGCCGGCUCGUCCUCUUCCGUUGUUUCUCCCUCCGCUGCUCCUUCAUCAACCUCAAGUGGUGUUCAUUCGGCGCCGGGCUCUCCUACCACACUUGCCACGAUCACAACCUCCAGCGCUGCGGCCCCGACAGAGAGCCCCGACUCGCCACCAACCAACCCAGCUUCGGUAAAUACAGAUUCUACUUCUCCCCCUAGUGAUGAUGAUGACGGUGUCGAGGACGACGAUGACGACGAUGCAAAUUAG